AUGCUGGGUAAGGCCAGGGUGCUGAUUAAUGGAUGUACAUUACCUGUUCUUAUACAUUCUCAUUCUUAUGUCCACAAGAACGGUGACCUGACCGAAGAAUUCGGCGGCGAAUCCUGGCUUCCCCAAACACGACAAGUUGGCUGCUCCAGUGGAUACCAGAUGCAUAACGGUAUCUGCUACAAGGCCUUCACCACGCCAAAGAAUUUUCAUGAUGCAUCUUCGGCGUGUGCGACUGAUGGAGGGACCCUCGCUAUGCCGAAGGAUGCCAGUACCAAUACCUUCCUCCUCUCCCUGAAAAACGCUGUGGACGAGUCUGGCUUCUUCUGGUUCGGCUUGGUGGAUCAUCACCAGGAGGGAGGCUGGGAGUGGGUAGAUGGCACCCCCAUUGGAAGCUUCAAUGCAUGGGAGCCAGGAGAACCGAACAACGCUGGCGACGAGGACUGUGCCGAGUACUUCCCUACGGCAUGGAAUGAUGCGCAGUGUUCUGAGGCUGACAGAAAAUUCAUCUGUCAGAAAAUCCCCACAGGUUGCCCAGGUGGGUACGUUUACCAUCAACCCAGUCGCCUGUGCUACAAGGCCUUCAACGAGAAGACAACAUACAGCGGUGCUGUCGCGAAGUGUUCUGCAGACGGGGGAACCCUUGCCAUACCGCGCAGCCCCAUCAUCAACAAGUUCCUCAUCUACCUGAAGAAUGCCGUCGACACCACUGCUUGGUUCCGUUUUGGACUGACUGAUCACCACCACCAGGAGGGAGACUGGAUAUGGGAUGAUUACGUUGCUCUGGGUAACUUCAGUUCAUGGGGUCCAGAAGACAACUGUGCCGAGUACUUUCCCGGAAGCCACUCCACAAAGGACACAUGGAACGAUGGACCAUGUGCCUCUGCCGACAGGAAGUUCAUCUGUCAAGUCUAUCCAUUAGGCUGUCCCCCGGGCUACCAACAGCAUGGCCAUAACUGUUACAAGGCGAAUAACGACAAGAAGUCUUACGACAACGCUGCCGCAACAUGCCGGGCUGACGGCGGUAGUCUGGCCAUGCCACGCGACAAGGCGACCCACGAGUUCCUGGUCACCCUGAAGAACCAGGCGGACAGGUCUGCGUGGUUCUGGCUCGGCUUCAAUGAUCAGAGUCAGGAAGGAGAAUGGCAUUACGUUGAUGGAACACGCCUCGGAAGUUUCCAGCCCUGGUACCCGAAUGAACCCAACAAUCAUGGAGGGAAUGAAGACUGUGGCGUGAUGAUCCAAGACGAAGAAAACAAUGAAUGGAAUGACCACGGCUGUUCUACGGAACUGAAGUUCAUUUGCCAGAUAUCGCUCCAAGGACAUGUCGUGCGUCUGACCUUCCUGGACUUUGACCUUGAGAACAGUGAAUUCGACCUGGAAUUCGACCACGUGACCGUUGUUGAUGGAAGCAUCGACAAGCAGCUGGGCAAGUUCUCCGGCACCAACCUUCCUCCUGCCGUCACCAGCUCAGGCAGAACCAUGGAGGUCAUCUUCACCACAGACCAGUCCGUGACAGAGCGCGGUUUCAAGGCUCAAUACAGGGCUGUGGCUUUGGAGAUGUUGGAGAAUUAAGUCUGUACUGAAGGAGAGAACUUGGAGUACGGCCUGGAAGAGUGACACCUACAUGACCUUCUGCUGUUCCAGCUCAACAGACUGUGAUGAUGUCAUAUCAAAGCAGAUAUUGGGAGGAACAGUCCUAACUUUUCCUGACUGGCCCGGGACAGCCAGGAAACGUUACAAUCCUCCUCCCAACAUCUGCUUGAGUUUUAAGAUUUAAGUCUUUUCAUAGAUGCUGGUCAUUUUGAGCGACAAGCAAAUAUCUAUCCUAGCACAAUCUAUAACAUCUACUCUCAUAAUAC